AUCUACAAUGGAGAGUUGUAGGCCGUAGCAGUAGUCGUAGACAAUAUUUUCAUUACGUACUGUUUUACUGAUUACGGCCUACAACAGACAUUGAGCCAAUUCAGUGGGUGCUUACGAUGAGCGUUUAGGUGUUCGGGGUUAGUUUUUAGUCACCUCUCUAUGAUAGCCGGCUUGUAUAUUAUUGUUACGUUGUUCAUAUUAUUGACAGCAUGGUCGUAGAUUUAGCGUUGUUACGACUAAAACACUCCAUUGUAGAUGGCCCUUUAAAUAUAAGACCCGACUAUGAAUACCGGCCUUAGAUAGUCGAUUGUUCAAUCGCCGGUUUAUCGUUGCGUCAUCGUCAUCCCUGCGUCGAGGAGAGGAUAAUCGGAGAGAUCGUCGUAUCAGUCCAUCGUAGACGAGCGACGACUAUGAGCAAGCGAAGCAUCCAGGCCAGGACGCCAGGAGCCAGGAGCACUGAACAGCCGUCGGCGUGUCGUAUACGUGGCAGAGGCUGCGCGCCAAUCGGAGCUAGCGGCGGCCGAUAGGCGUGGCUUGCGGGCACCUAGUGGCAGUAGUGGCUAGUAUAGAGUACAGUACAGCUCGCUCCACGUCCGACCGCCAUAGUGCUUCGGGGAAUCGAGCCGCGUGCGUGUAAUUUCUGCUCCGUCGUGCUCGCUUUCUCUCCUUCUCUCUCCUUUUAUCAGUCCGGUCGCCUCGCCUACGCGACACUCAGUCAUCGUGCCGUCCGCAGUGAGGAGCACGCCGAUCCGCGACGAUUUUCCCUGCUUAAGCCUUCACGCAUUCGGCGCAGCACCGCGUCUUCACAGAGUCUACGGGGAUAAACAUUCUCGAUAAUCAAAGAUGGACUUUCAAACAGGACUUGUAUAUGUUGGCAUUGUUGUCCUCUCUGCUGCAGCCAUCGCUUUCAUUUCGAUGUUUGGUAUAAAAGAGAAAUCUUAUGAGGAAGCAAUCGCAGAGCAGAGGAAGUUUCCUGAUGAUUUGUUGUCAAAUAAAAAGGAUAAAAAUAAAGAAAAAAAACAUAAGAAUAAGGCAGGAAAGAAGGUAAAAGAGAAAAAAGAAGAAAAAGAUGAUAAAGAAGAUAAAGAUGAAAGACCGGAGCAUGUACAAUUUGAAGAAAUUCCUCAAAUAUUGCCUUCCGAGCCUCCAGUACAGGAGACUAACAAAGGCAAUAAGAAGAAAGGAAAAUGUGAAAAGAUAAAACCAAUCCUCGUAAAUAAAGACGAGCCAUCAGUCAUUGUGACUGAAUUAAAUCCCUUGCAACCUCCCUUGGCAGAAGCUAAUCAUUUUGAUCUUACCCAUCCAAAGGAUGACCUUGAACUCGUAAGGAGUCACAGUAAGGAGAAUCUUCAGCAGAUUGCCCAAACUGAGAUGGUGGAGAAAGUCAACAAGUCACCGAAGGAUACUCCAACUAAAUUAAAGAAAAAUAAUAAAGAUGCUGCAAAGAAGAGGGAUGAAAAUAAGGAUGAGAAGGAUACUAAUACUUAUACCAAUGCAUCUAUUAACAAAGAAGCUAUGAGGGAAAUAAAGGAGAAAGAAAUGUCAAUUAAAGAAGUGAAAGAAAUUGUCAAGGAGGUAGUCCAACAGUUACCAAACAAGGAACCUAAAAAGACAAAAAGAAAGAAUGACAUAUUAUCCCAGAUUGAUGGAGAUGCUGUUAAUGUUGAAUUAUUGAUGCUAUGCAUUCAGAAGGCUGAACUUAGUCGAUCUGAAAUACAGGUCCUCACAAAUCAACUUUUAAACAAACAACAGGACAAUCCGCUAGAGCAUUCCGAAUGGACGGAAGGUCGUGCCGACCCCGUUAUCAAGUUGAAAAAACAAUUAGCGGAAAAAGAGAAAGCAUUAGCCGACGAACAUGAAGCGAGUGUGGCCUUUCAAAACAAAUUGAAGGAAUUGCGAGCUGAAUUUAAUACUGAAAAAUCUAGACUGGUAGCGAAUAUUAGACAAUUGGAGGAAUCCUUGAACGCCAAAGCUACAGAGACUCAGACAUUGCAUACUCGAAUGCAACACAUUUUGGAAAGUCAUGUUGCGGAAAAGCAAGGUUUUGCUAGACAGAUUGAACAAUUGCAGACCAAAGUGAAUGAAGAUGCCGCUAUUAUUCACAAAUUACAAGAAGAUCAAGGACAGACUCAGGGCCACUUGCAGCAGGAGUUGAUGGCGCAGCGAAAGCAAAUGGAAGUGCAAUUUGCUUCGUUGCGCGAUAAUGAGAAUGCAUUGAAAACGCAAUUGGCUCAGAAACACGUGGAGAUACAGGAGCUGCAAAAUGAACUACAAGCGACCUGCGAGAGCAGCACCGCGGAAAUAGAAAUGUUACGUCAACAAUUAGGCCUAAUGCAAGGUCAAUUGAUGCAUUCGGAAGGACAAUUACAGCACUUUAAGGAAGCGAACGAUCGACUUCAAGAUGUUGCUAGGCAACUUGAGGAAUCUCAUCGUACUCAUGCCGAUUUGGAUCAUAGACUGAAAAGCGCGCAUCGUCAUGAACAGGAACUACAGAAACAAGUAAAUUCGCUGCAGGCCGAGUUAAAUCAUACAAAAAAUGAAGCCAAUGAAAUGGCUACUUUAAAGAUAGAAUUUAGCAAAGCUCAAACGGAAUUAAUAAAAUUAAAAUCAGAGCUGUCAGCUACGAUGAAUGAAGCUAAAUCGGAAGCGGCUGAAAUUAUUGCUUUGAAAAAUGCAUUGAGUAACAAAGAGGAGGAACUAAAGAGAUCACAGGACAAAUUUUAUGCCGUACAGAAUGAUCUACAACAAUCCAACAUGCAGAUCACACAUAUGGAAUCCGAAAUUAAUUCUGUACAAAAGAAGUUGGAUAUGAUAAAGAUUGAUUUUGAAAGGACAGAAUGUAGUUUGAAAGAGGCGAAGAACGAGGCGAACAAGUAUCAAAUCGAGAUACACAGACUACAGGAAAAAUUGGCGAAUUCACAGAUGGAAUUAGGUAUGGCACACAAUCAGAUUAGGGAAUCCAAUGAAGUGACAAGUGAAUUGAAAGCUUUGCAAACCGAAUUAAAUAGAUUACAGAAUAAUGAGAAAAAGGCAGAAGACGAGCAAUUUCGAAUUAUGAAAUUGCAAGAAGAAAAUGAUAGAUUGCGUACUGAGCUUGCGAAUGCUAUAGAAAAACAAAGAGAGCUUCAACAACAACACGAGGAAAACAAAAUACGUGCAGAUGUUGUAUUAACCACCACUACUGAACCUCAACGUACCAAUCUAGAAGAAAAAACUCGACUAGAAAAACUAACAACUGAAUUAACGCACAAAGAAGAGGAGUUUAAUAAAAUAAAUGAAAAGUUACAUAUAUUACAAAGUGAUGCAGAUAAACACCAACGUUUUAUUAGGCAAUUAGAAGAAGCUUUGGAGAUUCAAAAAUCUAAAAAUAAUGAACUACGCACAAAGAACUGGAAAGUGAUGGAGGCUCUUUCUGCUGCUGAAUUGCGUGCCAAAUCCAGCGACGAGAAGAAUGUUAAGGAGGUAACAGAAAAAGUUAAAGGGGAACAAGAAGAAUUAACUAAAGCGCUUCUACAGAGGAUAUUUCCAGAGAUUAAAGUAUCUGAAAAAACAUAUGAACAAUGGCUCAAAUCUUUUGAAGAUAAAGUAUGCGUUAGUCUAAACGAAUUAAAACAGAAAAAUACAGAUCAAACAAAUUCAGAUUUGGAGAGGCAGAAUAAAAAUCUGCAGGGCAUGGUUUCACAUUACAAACAAAUUAUUUAUGAUACGGAAGGUAUGCUUAAUAAACUACAAAGUUAUAUAGAAUCCGAGGAAACAAGAUGGCAAUCGCAACUUCGGCAAAAGGAGAAUGAAGUGGCAAAUCUUAGAGUAGAACUUAAUGAUAUGCAUGCCAAACUAAUCUCAAGUGAAGAGUUUAAACAAAAGGUGAAAGAGUUAGAAGACCGUACAGAACAGAAUCGUACUGAAAUAUUGCUUAAAGCCGCACAGAAAGUAACAUCUUGUGGAGAUCUAGAUGGCAACGAGCUUGUUACUUUAGAACAAUUACAAGAGGAGAAAACGCGAUUAUCGCAAGAAUUAGAAGUAGAAUGCAAUAAGAGAGCGACGUUGGAUGCUGAAGUUACAAAAUUGCGUUCCCUUGUUGAAACUAGUGAGGCGAGUUUAGUAUAUGAGAAAAAUCUUGUUACACAGCUUCAACAGGAAGUGUCCCAUCUUAAGAAUGAAAUUUGUGGCGGCUGUAGUAGUUCGGAGCAGUCUAUGUUAAAUGGUCCACCUACAUCGGAUUCUCUUCAAUCCGAGCAAUCAGAUAAUAAUAUGUCUGGAAUGCAGCCUCCUCUAGCGUCUCAGGCUCUGAUAGCUGCGUUAGAAAAUACUCUGUUCAAGAAUACAGAGUUUACAAACUGUUCUAUUACUAAACCCAUCAAUUUGGUUAGUCAAUCUGAACAAGAAAUUGAGAACAAUUCACACCCUACAAAAUACUCCUCCAAAUCUUGUCAUAUGACAGAACACAACACACAGGCUAAUUGGAACCCAAUGAUUGGCCAGCAACAUAAAAAGCACAAGAAAAAGAGGAAGUUUACUAAGAAAACCAUGGCAAAACGGCGCAGAUUCGCAGGGUGGUUCAGGAAAAAAGUAACUUUGAAAAAUAAACUACGCUAGUGCAGUGCGAGUACUGGUGGUUAAAACGAUGGAAUGCGUAAAUGCAAAAAGCGAAUGCAACAUUGCUAUAUAGGUAUAAUGGCAUACUUUGCUACAGAAGACUAAUAUAAAGUGAAAAUAUUACGGAUAAUGUUUAUUGUAAAAAAAUAUCAUAUUUUAUUAUGUGGAGAAAAUAUAAAUAAUUAAACUAGUAGCGAUUAAAUGGAAAAUCUUGAAAUAUUUGCGUAUGUGAUGGUUAUAUAAUUUAUAAUUAUAAAUAUACAACACAGAUUGUAAAAAUUAUCAAAAUUGUGAAUUACCGAUAUUAUUUAUAGAAUCUAUGAAUUGUAACAAUUUAUAAAUUUUAAUUCUAUUAUGAGACAUAUAGGAACAUAAUACUUGAAGGAUGUUCUUGUAACUAAAAAAAAUUGUAUAAUUAAUUAAUGGAUUCCAUGACUUUAUGAUUCAUUAUUUGUAUGAUGAUAUUGAUUCUGAUAUUAUUUCUGAGUCACACUGAUACUAGUGUUUAACUUUUUUUUCUUUUUUUAUUGUUAGACGCAUGGACCAGAAAUUAUAUAUAAAAAUACACACACACACACACACACACACACACAUAUAUAUAUAUAUAUAUAUGCAUAAUACGAUAUAAAAACAUGAUAUACAUUUUUUGUUAUCGAUAGUGAACACAAUACACCAAAUUUAUAAGAUGCGAUCUUCAUGUUGUUCUAUUGUAUACAAGUUCAAAUUUGUUAUUUGUUUAAUGUGCAAUAAUGAAGUAAGACAAGAGAACGAGCCAGCUUUUGUGUGUGCGUGUGUGUGUGUGCGUGUGUGCGCGCGCGCGCGUGUGCGUGUGCACGUACAUACAAAUGUUAACUGAGAUUAAUUGCGCCCAACAAUUGUGCUGAAAGCAAGUACACAUAUAUGAGAAGGAUUUUCACAUAGUUUACGUAGGCUUUUAUUAUCAGAUCUAAGAUUGAUAAUAAUUGAUCUAACAAUUUUAGGGGCAUUUAAAAAGCUGAUGCUUAUUUAUAUUCAUAUUUAAUUACGCUUUACACAGACAUUAAUUGAACAAGCCAAAAUGUUCUUGUUAUUAAAGCUUACUGUAGAAUUCCUUCAGAGAUUAUUUUUUUCAAUACUUGCUUGCAUGAAUAUUUAAAAGUACUGUGUUAGACGUUAAUAGUACACUUGAAGAGUUCUUUAUUCACGUGUGUAAUCAAUUGGUUGCAUAAAAAAUAGGGUUAUUGUACUGAAUUUUGUAAGAGGCAUGUAUGUUUAGUACAUUGCGUACUUAUUUACCGUUUUGUAUCUAGAAUGCAUAUUCAUAGUUAAUAAAAGUUUACUGUUUUA